ACAAGGAAGGCUCCAGUGAGCACUGAACAUCCCAGCGCAACAUUUCUUUCACUGUCUGAUCUCUCCGAUCUUAUCUGAUAGUCACUCGGAGUAAGUGGAUGUAUGCCAUGCAAGUUCUUCAUCUUUCAACUCUUCUGGUGGUGGUGAUGCUUGCAAGGGCACGCCAGCAUUUGUUGCCAGGAUCCUGCAGCUUCGAGAGUGACACAUGUGGCUACACAUCAGAUCCGGUCCAUGGUCCCUGGACUGUGAACAUGGAAGGACGCUUCAUAGCUGCAGACUCCUCACUUAUGGGCGCGGCUGACAAGGCCAUUUUGGUUAGCCCUGAGCUUGAAGUGUUUGAAUGGAGCUGCUUACGUCUUGUCUACCAAAUUGCUGGGACAGGCUCACUUCAGGUCCACUUACGCCCCGACGGUGAGAACUUCGACCACUUGCUGUGGACGGUGGACAAACCCUCGGACAGCUGGUUAAUAGCCAGUGUGGACCUCCGCAAAUUUUCCAGAGCCUACCAGCUUUUAAUGGAUGCCAGGCCUCAAAAAGGGAGUGGAAACAGUAUUGCUAUCUUUGAAAUUCAUAUCAUACCCGGUUACUGUAUAGAGUGUAACUUUGAAGAAGAUCAUUUAUGUGGCUACAGAAACCAGUGGAACCCCAAUGUGAACUGGUUAAUGGGAGGAAGCCUCGCUCGAGACCCGCUAGCCAAGUACCCAUAUGACAACACCAUAAACAAUGAAAGAGGUCGCUUCUUGUAUGUCAGCUCACUUUACACCAAGGAGUUUCAAGAGGUGGCACAACUCAUGUCACCAAUGAUCACUGUUCCCAUGUCUGGCUGCUUGUCCUUCUACUACCAGAGGAACCAAUCCAGGGGAAACCUCUUCUCCGUGUUCACCAGAGACCUGCUGGGCCACUACGAGGAGAUUUGGAGGCCAGAUGUGUAUGCCACGACCACCUGGAAAUUAGUGCAGGUGGACAUUAAGGUUCACCAUCCAUCAGAGGUGGUGUACGAGGUAGCAUUCAACAGUCCUAGCGGCGGCUACGUAGCUGUGGAUGACAUCGCCUUUUCUCCUGAGUUCUGCCACAACCUAACACAGCCCAUCUUUGACCCCUCCGUGGCUAACUGUGAUUUUGAGGAGGACCUGUGUCACUAUUAUCAGGAACAGUUUGGAGGAGCUGUGUGGAACAGAGUAUCUGUCAGACCAAAUGUCUACAGGAUCGGGGACCACAGUAAUGGCGAGGGGUGGUUCCUCCUGGCCAACACCCGUUUCAGAUCCCGUUCGGGUUAUGUGAGCCGCCUGCAUGGGCCCUUUCUGCCAGGGAACCACAAAUAUUGUCUCAGGUUCUAUUACGCCCUGCACGGCUUAUGGAAGACUGACAACACCCUGGCCCUGUAUGUCUACGAUGAGCAUAAUGUAGCUCAGGCUAAGAUCUGGUCAGUGCCUGAAAGUUCCAGAGAUGUGUGGACGGAGGUGGACGUUACGUAUCAGAGGCCAAUGCCAACUAAGAUUGUGUUCGUCAGUAUCUGCAGAAGCUUCUGGGACUGUGGGCUUAUAGCUCUGGAUGACAUCAAGGUCACUCUUGGAGACUGUAGCAUCACACCAGGUCCUUUGAAACCACCAGCAGGACACUGCUACUUUGAGACAGGAGACUGUGGAUAUACUCAGGAAAAAAGGAGUAAGAAAGCGCAGUGGUUACGAAACAGGGGCCCAACACCUACAUCUUACACAGGGCCCAAGGCGGACCAUACCUUAGGGGUAGGGUACUACAUGUAUAUAGAGGCUUCCAACAUGUUGCCUGGGAACUCGGCACGGUUGGUGACGCCGGAGCUACGGGGUUCAUUUAGGACACAGUGUGUCACCUUCUACUACCACAUGUAUGGUACUGGAACGGGCGUCCUCAACGUCCUGCUGAGACAGAAGGGCGAAGUAAAAGAGACACUUCUCUGGAGCCGAAAAGGAGAGCAGAGUAUCUCCUGGAUGAAGGCUAAAGUGGAUUAUGACUGCUCUACCAAGCACAAUAUUAUAUUUGAAGCCAUCAGAGGCCCUUCAUUAAGAAGUGACAUUGCCAUUGAUGACAUUGUUUUCCAGACGGGUACAUGUGAAGAUCUUGGAGACAGUUUUUCCUACUCAGGCUUUUCUGAGGACUUCAAUGAGAUUGAAUACUGAGCAAGGCGCUGGAAUACUGUAUUCUGUUGUUGCAUCUUGUUGCUUUGCAUGACCAAACUGAGAGACCCGUUUCAUUGGUUUUCUCAGUGGAAAGCCUUCAUGGACACAAUAUCGACGAAAUUUUUACAUGUCGCAAGAACAGCUUGGAAACUUUGGUAUUUUAUAAAUCUAGCUUAGCAGUUCUUAAAUUAGAAAUGCGUUUUGUAUUUUAAAUGAGCAGUUUGUAAUUUUCCAGCCCUUUGCUUGCCUGCAAGAAUAACUGCAACAGAAAUGGAAAUUUUGACAGAAGCCUUAUUCUCACUGUUAAAACUGCUUGGUGAGCUGCAUUUUAAAGGCUAAACAGCUCCAUAGGGCAAGAGAAUAAAACAUAUGAACAGAAAUCUGAUGUCUAUUCCUUGACACUAGUUUAAUCAGUUUCUCAAAGGUAACUUUGAAAGGCGGUAAUUAUUAGACCUAGAAGCACUUUCAUGCAUCGCAGACCACACCUUUGAUCCUUUUCUUAUUUGACAUCACCCAGCAUUUUUGCCUUUAUAAUUUUUUUUAUAAUACUGAACAGUAAUACUAACUUCAUGUUGACACUGUGUAUUUAUACCGAACAAAACUGUAUUGUAAUGUAUUGUAUUGUUUGUAUGGUCACUGAUGUCAUGUUGUAUUGUGUCAGGCGGUUUUAUUUUGAUUAACGAGUCAGUUCAAAAAUGUUAUCAUUUAGUUUUCUUUUGAUAAGUUAAUAAGUUGUAUGUUUUUUGUGGUAUCAUUUCCA